CGAGAUUUCACCGAUCUCAACAAAAUUAGGAUAAAACAAAAUAAAAUAAAAUUAUUGUUCAAAGUUUCAAACUCUCUGCAUAAUCGUCUGUGAUUGGGAAAUUUCUCGGUAUUGUACCGAUCACCAUAAACACCACCGACAGUGAAAAUGCCCUCAACUGCUAAAUUCUUCGCCGAGACCACGAUUCCACACCAGAAGAACUACGGCGGACUUAGCUUCCCCGCCGUGCUCUCCCCGACGGCGGUAGGUUCCAGUAGUCCGUCUAUUUUAACGGCGGCCGUUAAGGAGCAGAGGCCAUGGCUGGACCUUCUUCUACACAGACACGGGGCUAUUCUGUUCCGAGGGUUUGAUAAUCUGGCUACUGCUUCGGACUUCAACGACGUCGUCGAGGCGUUUGGGUACGAGGAGCUCCCGUACGUUGGCGGCGCCGCCCCGAGGACCAACGUCGUCGGCCGGGUUUUUACUGCCAACGAGUCCCCGCCUGAUCAGAAAAUCCCUUUCCAUCAUGAGAUGGCUCAGGUCCCCGAGUACCCUUCCAAGUUGUUCUUCUUUUGUGAGGUAGAACCUGCAAGUGGGGGAGAAACCCCUAUUGUCCUGAGUCAUGUUGUGUAUGAGAAGAUGAAGGAGAAAUACCCAGAUUUUGUGGAAAAAUUAGAGAAGCACGGACUCAUAUAUACUCGUGUUCUGGGAGAAGACGAUGAUCCUUCUUCCCCUAUAGGCCGUGGCUGGAAAUCUACUUUCUUGACCGAAGAUAAAAGUGUGGCUGAGGAAAGGGCCGCUAAGUUAAACAUGAAGCUUGAAUGGAUGGAGAAUGGGAAUGUAAAGACGAUAAUGGGCCCAAUCCCUGCAAUCAAGCACGACGAGACCAGGCAGCGAAAGAUCUGGUUCAACAGCAUGGUGGCUGCUUACACGGGCUGGGAGGAUGCAAGAAACGAGCCCAAGAAGGCUGUCAGUUUUGGGAAUGGGAGUCCAUUACCGGCCCAUGUAAUAUACGACUGCCUGAAAAUAUUGGAAGAGGACAGCUGUGCUUUCCCUUGGAAGAAAGGGGAUGUGUUGCUGAUCGAUAAUUUGGCUGUCCUUCACUCUCGGAAGCCGUUCGAACCUCCUCGUAGGAUAUUGGCCUCACUAUGCAAGUAAUAAGGUAAAAUCUGUGAACACAAAAGCAUUGUUGUAAUAAAAGUGGGCAGUUUUGAGUAAAUAGUAACUAUUUUUGGCAUGUUCAUUUUGUAUAAUAUUCACUCUUUAUUUCAUUAUAUCUGUCAUAUUUCAGAAAAUAAAUAAUAUUUAUUUUUUAUCUGUCAACGUUGAAAAACCCAAACUAAUUAACUGGAAGUUUUGAAAUAUAUAUCUAUAUGUAUUUGUUCUUUUUCAAGAGUAAAUCUGCACAACAUGAUUAGAG